UUUCCCUUCCCCGAUUUCAACUCAUAACAGAAUUCCUUUCCCCCAUAUAAGGCCUCGAAAUUUUUUUAGCCCUAGACGUAGCUUUUAGGUCCAGUUUAGAGAUUUUAAUUUCAAAGCUCAAAACUUGAGAAGCAAGUUCCAAACAACACUUCGAAGCUGAAGCCCAUUAGCUUCAUCUCUCUGUUGCAGAGAAAUUCGAUUUUUUUUUUUCGAAUCCUUGGAAAAUUUAAAAAUUUUAAGAUUAGAUUUGUUUUCGCGGGUAGAUUAUCGGUCCUUUGUUUGAUUCACUCCACUAUAGAUCUGUUAAUCCAGGAUUAUGACUUCUAUGGAUAUAGACUCCCCUUCAACCCCAAAUAUGGCUAUUACUCCUGUUAUGCCUGCUGAUAACAGUGAAGCACCCAUUUCUGAGGAGCAACCCAAUAGACGUAGGAGAAAGAAGUCAAUUGUCUGGGAACACUUCACUAUAGAAACUGUUGGUGCUGGAUGUAUGAGGGCAUGCUGCAAACAGUGCAAGAAAUCAUUUGCUUAUAUAACUGGUCCAAAGCUAGCUGGAACCAGCCACCUCAAGCGGCACAUUGCCUUGGGGAUCUGCCCAGUAAGCCGUCAGAAAAAUGAAGCAUCACCGUUGACACCUGGUGCAAAAAGUGAUCCACCUAAAAGGCGCUACCGAUCAUCUCCUGGAUAUGGAAACAUUCCCUUUGAUCAGGAUCGUUGCAAUCAAGAGAUAGCCAAGAUGAUUAUACAGCAUGAAUAUCCGUUGCACAUAGUGGAACAUCCUGCUUUUAUUGAUUUUGUCCGGACCCUUCAACCCCAGUACAAUAUGCCAAGUUUCAACACCAUUCAAGGGGAAUGCGUGUCAAUUUAUCUGAGAGAAAAGCAAAGCCUUUUGAACCUUAUCAGUGGGAUUCCUGGACGAGUCAACCUUGCAUUGGAUUUGGGGACUUCAAACCUUGAUACUGGCUAUGCUUUUCUAACAGGGCACUUCAUUGAUGAUGACUGGAAUUUACAUCGUCGGAUCCUUAAUGUUGUCAUGUUACCUUUUCCUGAUUCCGAUUAUGCCUUAAAUCAAGCUGUUGUGUCUUGUCUAUCUGAUUGGCAUUUGGAGAGCAGGUUAUGUUCGCUUACACUAGAUCAAUCCUUUUCGAAUGAAACCGUAAUGGGAAAUCUGAGAAGCCUCCUGUCUGUCAAGAACCAACGUUUGUUCAAUUGUCAGUUACUGAAAGGGAAUUGCUAUGCUCGUGUUUUAAGCCGUCUUGCACAAGAUGCACUUGGAUCUAUGGGUGAAGUUAUUGGGAAAGUCCGUGAAAGUGUGAAGUAUGUGAAAACCUCCGAAACACAUGAUGAGAAGUUUGCAGAGCUGAGGCAACGACUUCAAGUCCCUAGCACAAAGGAGCUCAUAAUUGAUGAUCAAACCAAAUGGAACACAACGUACCAAAUGCUGGUGGCUGCCUGUGAAUUAAAGGAAGUAUUUGAUUGCUUGGACACCUCGGAUCCUGUUUACAAGAUAAACCCCUCAAUAAAUGAUUGGAAGCAGGUGGAGAUUCUCUGCAGAUACCUGAAGCUUUUAUAUGAUGCGGCUGGCAUCUUAACUUCCCCAAUAUAUCCACCUGCCAAUGCAUUUUACCAUGAAGUGUCCAAAAUCCAGUUAGAGCUGACUCGUUUAGCUAUGAGCCAGGAUCCUUUCGUCAGCAGCCUGACUAAACCUUUGAAAGAGAAGUUUGAUCAAUAUUGGAAGGAUUCCUUCCUUGUUUUGGUAAUUGCUGUGGUCAUGGAUCCAAGGUUUAAAAUGAAGCUUGUUGAGUUCAGUUUCUCAAAGAUCUUUGGUGAGGAUGCUGGUAUGUGGAUCAAGAUUGUUGAUGACGGGAUUCAUGAACUCUUUCUAGAUUAUCUUCCACCAAAUCUGUCUGUUACUACUUUUAUGCAACCAGAAGAUAUGGUCAUCCCUCAAACAGAGAUGCUCCAAGAUGUAGGACCCCAGGACCAGGAAGCACACUUUCAAGACCUUCAAUUGGUACACUCUGUAGAUGUGCCUACUCAAGAAGUCCACUCUCAAGGAGCAACAGUUCAAGAUAUAAAGCUUGAAAAAGAAACUCCACAAGGGCACCUGAAUGAACCUUCACAAGAUGUGACUCCUCAAGUAUUGCACCAUCAAGAAGUAGCACAAGAAGAGAUGCACACUCAAGAAAUACCAGCGCAGGAGAUGCAGAUUCAGGAGUUAGCAUUGCAGGAGAUGGAUAGUCAACAACUACAAAUUCAGGAAAAUGUCACCCAUGAAGCAUCAGUACAAGAGUUGAGCACUCAAGAAACAUCAGAGCAUGAGAUGCACAUUGAUUAUCAAUUACCAUUGCAAGACACAGACGCUCAAGAAGUAUCACCACAAGCGAUGAACAGUCAAGAAAUGCCUGCUCCAGAGCCACAUGUGCAAGGAUUAGCUGCUCAAGAGGCACAUGUGCAAGAACUACCUGCUCAAGAGGUGCACUUACAAGAAGUACCUGAUGAAGGGAUGCAUGCUCAAGAAGUACCAACACAAGACAUGCUUCCACAAGAAGUAGGGGUCCAACUGGUACACCAUUCAGAAGUGGUGGCUCAAGAUAUGAAUCCUUCAGAAGCACAUAGCCAUGAGAUGCACACAGAAGCAGAGACUCCAGAGAUGCACCCUCCGGAAACACAGUCCCAGGAGAUGCAUACUCCAGAAGCACAAACUCAAGAGAUGGACUCUCCAGAAGCACAAACUCAAGAGAUGCACUCUCCAGAAGCACAGACCCAAGAGAUGAACCCUCCUGAAGUAAAGGCACAGGAGAUGUGCUCUCAAGAAGCACAACUUCAUGAGACGCAACCUCAAGAGGCUGCAUCUCAAGAGAUGCAACAUCACGAAGUACUGUCUCAUGAGACACAUCCUGAGGAAGUAUUGACUCAAGAGAUGCAUCCUCAAGAAGUACAGACUCAGGAUCUGCUCCAUCAGGAAGGGCAGUCUCAGGAGACGCACCAUCAUGAAGCACAGAGUCAGGAGAUGCACUAUCAUGAAGGACAGACUCAGGAUAUGGACCAUCAUGAAGUACAGGAUCCGGAGAUUCGCCACCAUGAAGUACAGGCUCAAGAGAUGCACCACCAUGAAGUACAGGCUCAAGAGAUGCACAAGAUGCACCACCAUGAAGUACAGGCUCAAGAGAUGCACCACCAUGAAGUACAGGCUCAAGAGAUGCACCACCAUGAAGUACAGCGUCAGGAUAUGGACCAUCAUGAAGUACAGGCUCCGGAGAUUCACCAUCAUGAAGUACAGGCUCCGGUGAUGCACCAUCAAGAAGUACAGAUUCAAGAGAUGCACCACUGUGAAGUACAGGCUCCAGAGAUGCACCAUCAAGAAGUAGAGACUCAAGAGAUGCACCAUCCAGAAUUUUCUCAAGAAAUGCAGCCUUAUGAAGUGAACCAUCAAGAUUUACCUUUGCUUUCUACUAUUGGAGAUGGCUACUCCGAUUUUGAAGUAUAUAUCUCUGCAACAAGUAACCAACAUUUAAAAUCAGAAUUGGAUCAAUAUCUGGAGGAGUCUCUUCUGCCUCGAGUUCAUGAUUUUGAUGUAUUGGGUUGGUGGAAACUGAACAAACUGAAGUAUCCCACUCUGUCCAAGAUGGCUGCUGAUAUUUUGUCAAUUCCAAUAUCUACUGUUGCUCCUGACUCUGUGUUUGAUACUGGAAGUAAAAAGAUAGAUAGCUACCAGAGUUCAUUGCGACCAGUGAUACUUGAAGCCCUUAUUUGUGCCAAGGAUUGGCUCCAAUAUGGUUCAUCAGCAUCAUCAUUAGAUGUUUCUAAUGCCCUUGUGAAGAUGGAACAUUAGGUAUGUUAGAUAGGAGUUAGUUUUCCCCCAACCGGGUAGAUACUUUGAUUUGGUUUGGUUUUUUAGGCUUGUGUUUUUAUUUUUAACUUUUUUUUUUUUUUUCUUUUCUACUCUUUAUCAUAAGAUGCUUGGUCAGGAUUUUGUUGCUACUUGCUACUAAAGGAAUUUGUGUUGAUCUUGGAUUCAGGAAUUACUUGUGAGAUCUAAUGCUUUUUCUCAUUUGCACUGUUCCGUUUCAA